AAAGUAAGGAAAAAAACUAUUAUUUUGGAAAAGGGGCGUGGUCUAGCAGGUGCUGAAAAUUGCGGAAACGGAAACUGCUGCCUUGCGUCGUGUCCUCGAAGAUUCCUGCAAAUCAACCCUAGGGAAUAGAGGGGAAUCUACUGCUUCUGACAUCUGGAUAAAAAUCAAUGCGGUCGGGAGGAAGAAGAGCAGAUGAAUGCUCUCUGAGAUCUAAUUAUUGAACAGAGGCAGGUUUAAUUGAAGAUUGUGGUGGUUUGAUUCCCCACUACCCCCUUUCUCGACAUCAUGACUUCCUCCAUGCUCCGCCGACAGCUGAAGAACCUGGUCCAGAACUACUCUGAGGCUGAGGUUAAGGUGAGAGAAGCUACUUCCAAUGAUCCAUGGGGUCCCUCCAGCUCUCAGAUGGCUGACAUCUCCGAUCUCACUUAUAAUGUGGUGGCUUGCAAUGAGAUCAUGACCAUGCUCUGGAAGCGGCUUAAAGACGACAAGAACUGGAGGCACAUACACAAGUCUUUGACAUUACUGGAGUACCUGUUGAAAACCGGUGAUGAUCGUGUGCUUCUGAAAAUGAAAGACAACAUUUACAUCGUGAAGGCUCUCACAGAGUACCGCUUUGUUGAAAAGGAUGGCAAAGAUCAGGGUGGUAAUGUAAGAGAGAAGGCCAAGGUUGUCCUUGUUCUCAUGGAGGAUGAUGACAAAUUGAAGGAAGAGAGAGACUUUGCCCUGAAGACUAGAGAAAAGACAUCAAAAGGUGCUGCUGCCUCAUCAACUGAAGCAAUUAAGGAUCCCAGCUACAAGCCAUGCUACGUUCCUGGUUCUACAGGCCUUCCGUCUCUGGACAAUAUUCCUUCUGUAGCUGAUCUGACUGCUUCCUUUGCUGCCCGCAAAGAGGAGCGCAUUCGACUUGAGGCAGAGAAAAAAGAAACAGAGAGGAGAGCAAAGAUGAGCGAAGACGAGUUGAAAUGGGAGGAUGCAGCCAAAACUGCAGACUCAAAAGGCAGUGCUUGGGGAGGAGACAAAUCAGAAGAAGAGGAAGUAGUGAAAAAAGACCCAUGGGGACCUCCUAAAGAAACCAGCAGUGAUCCAUGGUCAGGUGCCGCCAAAACGGAAGAUCCAUUUGUAGCUCCAGCAACAACUGAGGAAGAUCCAUUUGCUGCACCAAAGAAUGGGGGAGAUCCAUUCGUAGCACAGGAAGUUGAACCUGAUCCCUUUAGUGCACCAAAGAAUGGAGAAGAUCCUUUUGUUGCAUCAAAAGAUAAACCUGACCCCUUCACGUCUUCUAACAAUGACCCAUUCAACGCUCCCAAGGACGAUCGCUUCAACGCUCCCAAGGACGAUCGCUUCAACGCUCCCAAGGACGAUCCCUUCAGCGCUCCCAAGGACGAUCCCUUCAGCGCUCCAAAGGACGAUCCCUUCAACGCUCCCAAGGACGAUCCCUUCAACGCUCCCAAGGACGAUCCCUUCAACGCUCCCAAAGACGAUCCCUUCAAAACAUCACCCACUGAUCCAUUUACCACCCAAAAAGACAUUCCCCUUAAAACACCAACUGAUGAUGACCCAUUUGGUACUCCGAAGGAUGAUCCCUUCACAGCUCCAACAACAUCCCCUCCUACACAAGGACUGUCCCCCAAAGACGAGUCGUUUGUUGCUCCCAAAGAUCCAUUUUCAUCUCCAACAAAAGCAAUUGAAGUUGACCCUUUCUCUACACCAACAUCACCUCCUAAAGAUGAUUCUUUCUCUGAGCCAUCAAAAUCCAUAAAGGAUGACCCGUUUGCUGCACCACCAUCACCACCUAUAGGAGAUCCAUUUGCAGUGCCAUCCAGUCCACCAGAAGGGAAGGCCUCAGAUCCCUUCGCAGCCCCAGUGGAGGGCUCACCCCAAGACACCAAAGACACUUGGGGGGCACCCUCUGCUCCAACGCAAACAAAUGGGAAAGAUCCCUGGGGAGAAGUAGCCUCUUCACCUAUUAAUGAUUCUGACCCAUUUGGAGAUGCAUCUAAACCAGAAAAUGACCCAUGGGGUGCCCCAGCGUCCGCUCCUGUCUCUGCUGAUGAUGCGUGGGGAGCUCCUGCUCCGCCAUCACAGUCUUCCCCAUCCGAUGACCCCUUUGGAGAUGCGGCAUCUAAAUCUAACGACCCCUGGGGCUCCCCUAGCAAUGACCCCACAGGGAAGGAGAUGAUCAGAAAGGCCGUGUCCUUCCUGGGCCCGGCGGGGGCGUCGCUGGUUGAUUUGGAUGAUCUGAUUUCCUCCAAACCCAGCCAACACCCCCUGACAAACACGCCUGCCCCCCCAACACAAGCCAUGGGCUGUGCCCCCCUCCCUCGCUCCCUUUCCUCCUCCCUUCAAGCUCCUGUCGCUCCUCCUUUUUUCCCAGGCACUUUCUCAGACAGCUCAUCUGGUUGCACGGUUCCGUCAGGGGUUUUUCCCGAAAGAUCCGCCCCUUACCACAAUCCAUUUGGCUCCAGUCUCGCACCCACUCCAUAUGGUGCAGUGCGUCCCCACACAUUUCAGCCCCCACCGUAUAAUUUUGGGGGGUCUGCAGCUUGGGGGGUUCCUGAAGCGGCAAAGGUGCAGCUUGGGUCUGUGAGAGGGAGCGGAGAGGGAAGGAUGCAGCCUGGGACGACAUUGGGAGGAAACACCCCGGCAGGUGUGGCUAACCUCUACGGUUCCACCGCGAUCAACAAGAACAACAACCCCUUUUUGUUUUGAAAUUUCAUCUCACUAGUAAAACAGAAAAUCACUUUAUUCGCUGAAAAAAAAACGGCACAUUUUGGAAGAAAGCAAUAAAAAGUAUUUUUCAAUUCAGACUUUUCAGUUUGAUUCACCAUCAGCAGAACCAAUUCCAGUACUGUUCAGAUGAUUGGACAGAAAAUGGUUCCCUCCUGAAGGUAGAAGGUGCGACUUUUUAUUUCUUUUUUUCCUUGGCAACCUACAGAACCCCUAAAGGGACAUGGAAGUAAAAACAAAAAUUGAAGUUAAAGAAUAAAAAGUUUUUCUUCUAAAAGUUGAAGUAAAAAACAAAUCUAGUUGCACACUGGUGCGCACCAGAUAAUAACUGAUUUUUUUUUAUGUAACAUUUAAUAUUUUUUUUUUAAAUUGAUUUUUUUUUUUCUACAUAUAGAAGUAAAAGAAAAAUAAAUCCUGGUUACUAACUGUGCACGCCAGUUACUAUCUGAUGGGUACCGGAUAAUAAUAACAAAACACAACAUUAAUUACCGUAAAUAGUUUAUUUUUUUAAUUUAAGUUUUUUUUCUCUUUACUAAAAAUUGAAAUAAAAGAAAAAAAUCCUAGUUACUAACUGUGCACACCAGUUACUAUCUGGUGAGCACCACUUAGUAACAAGAAUUUUUCUAACUUGAAUUUAAAAAAUAUAUAUAUAUAUUUUUUUUUAUUUAUUUAUUUAUUUUUUCCAGUUACUAUCUGGUGUGCACCAGUUAGUUACCUAAAAAAUAUGUUUUUACAUCAACCUUUAGAAAAAGAUUCUUUUAUUUUUACUUCAGUGUCCCUUUAGGGGCUCCUUGCAACCAACGCUUCCAACACCCUCGCUGUUAAAACGAGCUCAUCUGAUCAAGGAAGUCAUGAUCAGACUUCUGAACGUUUUGUAUUAAUCCUGCGAGUUAUGUCAUAAAGGUGUGCUUCCUUACCUGUGAGGAUGCCAUCUUUGCAAGAAGAACUAGAAAGCAAUUGGAAUUCAGACAAGUCCUCCCGUUGCUAUGGUGACAGCUUUGUUCUUUAACUUAAAGACAAUAAAUUGAUUUAGUUAUAGUUGAAAUAUAUAUAAAGAUACUCAAGGCUCACUCUGAUCAUCGUUUGAUCUAUUUUGACUUUGUUCCCUCUGGUGUAUUAUUUAGGAUUUUUUUUUGUUUUUAGUCAAAAUUUAAAAAAAAUAAUUUUCUAGAAAAUCAUUUCUCCAGAAAUUUACCUCUGAGUUGAGGGCGGGACACCGACAUCACAAAUAUAUCUUUUUCAAAUUACAUUUUUUUGUCUGCUCCCGAUUCACAAUGAUUUGGAUACAGAAAUACUCAGAAAUGCAAGUUUGAGCUUAAUUUUCUUUAUUUCUGUUCUCCAUCGUUGCCACAAGAACAUGCUAAAAACAGCUUUGAUCAGAGUGGGUCUUUAAAUGAUCACAGAAACAAUGAACUGCUAAGCUUUCAUGAACGUCUUAUUUCUGAAAUAACAUUUUUCUGGUCAAUCGCACAGUUUUUUGCCGUCGCCUGGAGAUCUGAUGAGAAAUAAAAUGUUUCAAAAAUGCAUCGAUUUAACAUUUUCUCACCCAUGAGGGUUAGAUUUGUAUGUGUGAGUGUGUAUGCAGUACACAUUCAGUAUAUAUUGUGCUGAUGUUUGUAAAUAAUGAAAGUAAAAAACAGAUAAAACCUUAAAGUAUGUAUAUCAGAGUGUUACAAUGAUCUAUUUAUUGAAGCGUUUGUUGGUUUUUCGAUGUAGCAGCGGCCUUUCAAAGAGGCCAACGUUUCUGGAGAACGCGUGAUUGGUUCCUGUUCUAAACUCAUCGUGCGUUUGUGUGUGUUUUCCCCCUCCAUCAGUGGAAAACGAGCCUCACUGAUGGCUGAAUACAAACUUGAACACAGCUUGUGCAUGCGGUCCGAGCUGCUCCUGUAAUCGUGCAUCUGCCUUUCAGUGAUCUUGAUGUGUGACUGAAUACAAUGCUGCAUUUCUGGAGUGGGAUGUCUUCUGUUAAAGUCCAGCUGAAAGGACAAGAAAGACACAGCCGUUCAGUUCAAGGUGUUACACUCAAGAAGAAGUCCACAUGAAUAUAAUUUUUCAGGUUUAUUUUGUAUUAAAUGGGUCUAUUGCUGUAUAUUUCAGUUUAAGGCUGUGUUGUAUUCUGUGAAAGCAUUCAGUACAGUUAAACAUUAAAAUUAUGAUAAAGCUA